CUUUUCUACUCCUUUUUCAAGUCCCUGGUGGGGAAGGACGUGGUGGUGGAGCUCAAAAAUGACUUGAGCAUCUGUGGAACACUUCACUCUGUUGAUCAGUACCUGAACAUUAAACUGACAGACAUCAGUGUUACAGAUCCAGAGAAGUAUCCACAUAUGUUAUCAGUGAAGAACUGUUUCAUCCGAGGCUCUGUGGUGCGGUACGUCCAACUACCUGCAGAUGAGGUCGACACUCAGCUGUUACAGGACGCUGCGCGCAAGGAGGCGCUGCAACAGAAGCAGUGACGCUUUAACACAGACAUCAUGGAGGCUGGGAGGGAGGGAGGCUGGGAGGGAGGGAUUUGGAAGAUGUUUUAGUUUGGUGUAAACAAUCAUUCGGGUAUCAAAAUUUAAUUGAAUCUGUUUUACACAGAAGCCCCUGAAAUGUAUUCGUUGUCUAGCCUAUUUUGCCACAUUGGUAUUGCAGUGCUUGAGUGUCACCUCAAAAACCAACUAAGGUCUCCCAGCACUUGAUACCCUACUGUUUUGUUCACAUUUGGACGAGCUUCCAACACUUCCCUUUUCUCUAUUCUAUACAGCACCACUAUUUGUUGAUGUCAGAAAUGACCCGUUUCUGCCUGUUUUGAUUUUAUUUUUAUCGGUGUCCUUGAGAAGCAGUGUCCAGAAUGAAUAUAUUCUCCUUCUGAAGACUAUUCUUCUGCUCAGAUUGAGAAUAUUCUCAGCUUUUUUUUUUCUUCUAAAACCAGUUUUGAGUUUGUGUGACUCAUGUUAUUUACAUCACCUUUUUGAUGUGUAGAUAAACCUUGUUUAAAUCCUG